AUGCUGAUCACGCUCGUCGGAGCGUUCCUUGGAAGCUGCUACCAGACCAACGCCAGGUACGCGCCUCACAUCCUCUCGAUCCUCCACAGCCGUUGCCGCUUCUCUGGCACCUGCACCUCGACCUGGUGCUUGCUGAAACAGAUCUUUGAAGCCACGCUCGCCGUCCCACUUGUUGAACAUCUGGGCGCAUUCCUCAGCGUUCGGCUGCCCCGCCAAAGGAUCAGCGCCGUGCUCGAUCAGCAACCGCACGACAUCGUCAAACCCCUUGAACACGGCUCCUGCGACAAUGCUCUGGCCUCGACCGUUGAGCUGGUUCGGAUCGGGCGUGCCUCGCCAUCCGCGAGCUCCGUCGGAGGCGUGCUGCGACUGCUGCGACUCGGUCAGCAUCCGUCGCACCAGAUCGGCGUGGCCGUGGACGAGUCACACGUGAUGCGGGACUCUCAAGCCCUUUGGUCGGCAACGCCGCAUUGCAUUCCAGAAGAAACAAGUCACAUAACUUACGCGGUCGUGCGCAUUCGAAAGGCACACAAAAAAGAAAUUUGGCGUAUCGCUCACAGCCUCGCUCGCUCUUUAUCUCUCUCGUCCUCACCAUCAUUCCUCUCCUCGUCGCUUCUUGCUGCUUCUCGUAUCGACAGCGGCAAGCAUUCGUUUCCAUCUUUAAUUCCCGAUCGGUUGAUGCCAACGGCUCGUGCCUGCACUCUUCUGGCUCCUGGUAUCGCACGCUCGCUUUCGGUCAUUUCUCCACGUCGAUUGGCUCCCUAUCAAAGAGCCUAUACUUCCCUGGUCCGCACGGCCGAGCUUGACCUCACGCCUACUAGACAUCCGCAGCGCUCGAUCGCUUCCAUCUCUUCCGUCCAGUCUUCGAGUCGACCCUCGCGCCGCCUUUCUGCCCCUCGCCGUCUGCACGCAUCGUCCACCAUGACCGACACGCUGCCAACCUCGGGCGGCCUCGACGCUAGCACCAGCUCGCGCUUCGGCGACUGGCCCGCCACAAAGGUGCGAGACACCUUCACCGGCUACUUCAAGGAGCGCGCACACACCUUUGUCCCGUCCUCCUCCACCAUCCCUUACGAUGACCCUACACUCCUCUUUGCCAACGCCGGCAUGAACCAGUACAAGCCCAUCUUCCUCGGCAUUGCAGACCCAAACUCUUCCUUCGGCUCUAUGAAGCGUGCAGUCAACUCGCAAAAGUGCAUCCGUGCAGGCGGUAAGCACAACGACCUCGACGAUGUCGGCAAGGACACCUACCACCACACUUUCUUCGAGAUGCUGGGAAACUGGUCUUUUGGCGAUUACUUCAAGAAGGAAGCCAUCGAAAUGGCAUGGGAGCUGCUCACCAAGGUGUACGGUCUGCCCAAGGACCGUCUUUACGUAACGUACUUUGAAGGCGAUGCCAAGCAGGGUCUCGAGCCCGAUCUCGAAGCACGCGACCUUUGGCUCAGCGUCGGCGUCGAAGCCGAUCACAUCCUCACCGGUGAUGCCAAGGACAACUUCUGGGAGAUGGGUGCCACCGGCCCUUGCGGACCUUGUUCCGAGAUCCACUACGACAGGAUCGGCCGCCGCAACGCCUCCGACUUGGUCAACAAGGACGACCCCAACGUCAUCGAGAUCUGGAACAACGUCUUCAUGCAGUUCAACAGAGAGGACGACGGCUCCUUGCGGCCUUUGCCCGCCAAGCACAUCGACACCGGCAUGGGCUUCGAGCGUCUCGUUUCCAUCUUGCAGGACAAGCCAUCCAACUACGACACCGACGUCUUCACUCCCAUCUUCAACAAGAUUCAGCAGCUCACCGGUGCCCGCGCCUACACGGGCAAGCUCGGCGCAGAGGACAAGGACGGCAUCGACACUGCCUACCGCGUCGUUGCUGACCACGUUCGCACUUUGACCUUCGCCAUCUCGGACGGCGGAGUGCCGGAUCGCGACGGCCGUGGCUACGUCUUGCGUCGUAUCUUGCGUCGAGGUACGCGCUACGUGCGCAAGUACUUCCAGGUGCCCAUCGGCUCCUUCUUCUCGCAGCUCGUGCCCACCCUCGUCGAUCAGAUGGGCCACUUCUUCCCCGAGAUCACAAAAAAGGUCGAAGAUGUCAAGGCCAUCCUCGAUGAAGAGGAGGCCUCCUUCGCUCGCACCCUUGACCGCGGUGAGAAGCUGUUUGAAGAGUACGCCGCAAAGGCCAAGGCUGCCGGCAGCAAGCAGCUCAGCGGUAACGACGUCUGGAAGCUCUACGACACCUUCGGCUUCCCCGUCGACUUGACGCUCAUCAUGGCCGAGGAGCAAGGUCUCGGUGUCAACGACAAGGAGUUCGAGGCCGCCCAGGCCGAAUCCAAGGAGCUCUCCAAGGCCGGCGGCAAGAAGGGUGAGGCCGAAGCGGUCAAGUUUGACGUUCACGAUCUCGGCCACCUCGAAAAGGACUCGUCCGUGCCCAAGACGCAGGACGACUUCAAGUAUGGCGUCAACACGGUCAAGGCCAGCGUCAAGGCCAUCUACCAGGACCAUGCCUUCUUCCCCGAGACCACCAAGAUCAGCGACCGCGCCAAGAACUUUGGUAUCCUGCUCGACCGCACGUGCCUCUACGCCGAGAGCGGUGGUCAGCAGGCCGACACGGGUUCGAUCAUGAUCGACGGCAAGACCGAGUUUGUCGUCGAAGACGCCCAGGUAUUCUCGGGCUACGUGCUCCACAUCGGCCACCUUAAGCGCGGUGAGCUUUCGCUCAACGACGAAGUCGUCGUAUCGUACGACCAGAGCCGACGUGGACCUUUGCAGUCGAAUCACACUGCCACGCACAUCCUCAACUUUGGCCUUCGCGAGAUUCUCGGCGACCACAUUGACCAAAAAGGCUCGCUCGUCGCACCCACCAAGCUGCGUUUCGACUUUUCGCACAAGCAGGGUGUCAACGUGCAGGAGCUCAAGAAGAUCGAGGACAUCUCGAUCGACUGGAUCAAGCGCGACGUGGGCGUCUACUCGAAGGAGAUGCCUCUCGACAUUGCCCAAAAGAUCCCCGGUCUGCGCGCCGUGUUUGGCGAAGCUUAUCCAAACCCGGUUCGUGUCGUGACGCUCGAGUACGAUCUCGACACCAUUGCAGGUGACAUCGAGAACACCAAGUGGCGAGGAACGUCGGUCGAGUUCUGUGGAGGUACCCAUGUUGCCAAGACGGGCGACAUCCGCGAAUUUGUCAUCACCGAGGAGUCGGGUAUCGCCAAGGGCAUCCGACGUAUCAUCGCCGUCACCGGUGAUGAAGCUGCCUCUGUCACCAAGGUGGCCAACGACGCCGAAGCUCGACUCUCCGAGAUCGACGCCAUCGAAGAGCAGUCUGCCAAAGACUCGGCCUUGAAAGCGUUUGGAACGCAACUCGCGCAGCUCGACAUCAGCGUCGUACGUAAGGCCUCCCUGAACGAGACCUUCUCUUCCAUCCGAAAGAAGCUCGACAGCGGACUCAAGGCCAAGGACAAAGCCGAAACCAAGCUGGUCGUGAGCGCCGUUGAAGAGCACUUCAAGACCAACCCCAACUCGACCUGCUUCAUCCACAAGUUCGACGUCGGAUCCAACAUGAAAGCCCUCCAAUCCGCCAUGAACACCGUCAAGAAGAUGGACAAGACCACCUACCUCUUCUCUCAGGAACUCGACGUCAACGGUACAAAGGUAGCCGACGGCAACGCGAUCAAGGCCAAGGUCGUCCACGUAGCCUACGUCAGCAAGUACCAUCAGAGCAAAGGUCUCAAUGCAAAGGAAUGGAUCGAAACCAGCGCCCAGCAUGUCGGCGGCAAGGGCGGUGGAAAGGCUGAUUCCGCUCAGGGUAUCGGAGAGAUGGGCGGUCAGGCUCUGGAUGACGCCGUCGAGGCCGCGAGGAGGGUGUACACGCUCAAGUGCGAGGAGAGCGGCAUGCCGCUGCAGUAG